AAACCUUUGGCUCAGAGAGCAGUCCUGCACUCACCAUACCUCACCCGCUCUAGACGUGGUCACCAGGCCAAGAUCUAGAGAAGUCAGCUCUGCAGACAAAUACAAAUGCAGCCUGAGUUGUGACCCACCACCUGAGCACUGGAUCAAGCUUUGAAUCCCACCCCCACUGCUGACUAGCUCUGUGAGCGUGGGCAGGUGGCUCCCUCAGCCUUCAGUUUCCUCACCUUAAAGCAAGAAUUGAACAGCUGGCACCAGUGUGAUAUUAUUAAAGGAAGGAGCCACACUCUGGCCCCCGUCACGCAGCAGCAUGGAGCUGAUCCAGGACACAUCCCGCCCACCGCUGGAGUACGUGAAGGGCAUCCCUCUCAUCAAGUACUUUGCAGAGGCACUGGGGUCACUGCAGAGCUUUGAAGCCUGGCCCGAUGACCUGCUCAUCAGCACCUACCCCAAAUCUGGCACCACCUGGGUAAGCGAGAUCCUGGACCUGAUCUACCAACGUGGCGACCUGGAGAAGUGUCAGAGAGCCCCCAUCUUCAUACGGGUGCCCUUCCUUGAGUUCAAGGUCCCUGGGGUUCCCACAGGUAUUGAGACUCUGGAAGAUACACCAGCCCCGCGGCUCCUCAAGACACACUUACCCCUGACCCUGCUUCCCCAGAGCCUGCUGGAUCAGAAGGUCAAGGUGGUCUACGUCGCCCGCAACCCAAAGGAUGUGGCCGUCUCCUAUUACCACUUCUACCGCAUGGCCAAGGUGCACCCCGACCCUGGCACCUGGGACAGCUUCCUGGAGAAGUUCAUGGCUGGGGAAGUGUCCUAUGGGUCCUGGUACCAGCACGUGCAGGAGUGGUGGGAGCUGCGUCACACCCAGCCUGUUCUCUACCUCUUCUACGAGGACAUAAAGGAGGACCCCAAAAGGGAGAUUCAGAAGAUCCUGGAGUUUGUGGGGCGCUCCCUGCCAGAGGAGACCGUGGAUCACAUCGUCCAGCAGGCGUCUUUCAAGGAGAUGAAGAAGAACCCCAUGACUAACUACAGCACCAUACCCACCGACAUCAUGGACCACAGUGUCUCUGCCUUCAUGAGGAAAGGCGCCACUGGGGACUGGAAAUCCACCUUCACUGUGGCCCAGAAUGAGCGCUUUGAAGCCAACUAUGCCACGAAGAUGGCAGGCUGCAGCCUCCACUUCCGCUGGGAGCUGUGAGUGGUGUUCAUCAGGAGGAGCGGGAAACAAGCCCCAUCGCGGCUUCAGGAAUAAAAUCUGAUGUGUGUAAA